GUCGCCUGCCCACGGCCACGGGCGGCACGGCGCCCUUCCACCGACCCACCGCAGUUCAAAUCGAGGAGCACGGGUUCUUCCAUCAGGGGAAGCUACGGCACCAGCGCGUACAGCCGGGCAACGUCCCUCGGGCCGCCGCCGGACAGCUCAUCGAAGUCGCCGGAGCUCUCGGCGACGGUGAGCUCGACGCUCUCGCCCGCAUCCCCACCCGCGGAGAAGAACUCGGACCCGCUCCCCCCGUCCAAGCACGGGAAGACGCGGCCGAGCAGCUCCGGGUUCUUCGCGCGGCCGCAGGGAGAGGAGGCCCCGACUCUCGGGUACGGCAGCAAUCGGGUCGGGGUCACACACGUCGGCGUCGUGCCCGUCGCCUACGCGUCCUCCUCGACAUUGCCGUGCACCGCCUCCGCGUCCUUCAGUAAGCGUGCUCCUCCCCCGAAAUCCCCAAAUCCCCUAGUAAUCCCCAAAUCCCGUGCGUAUAUAUGAGGGAGGAGGAAAGCCCACUGUUCCAUCUCUUGGAGUAGAAGGGCAGAAAGGCCUCUCACCUCCCCCCAUUUCCACCCCCUUCCGCCCCCACUAGAUUGGGCAAAUUCCGCGCCCAAUCCGAUCGGCUCCGGCCGCUCUACCGCAAGAAUCAGCCGCCGGUAUCCUCUCUUUCGUGGGUCAGGACCCGGCGGCGGCAGUGGAUUCGGAAAGGGAGGAUCUUUUCUUUGGUUUCUGUUCUUGAUUGAGGAGAGGAAGGCUAUAUUGGUCAGGUUUGAUAAGUGUCCCCUCCAUUUAGGGUAUUGUUUUAGCUACUGUUUUUCGCUGGAUGCUGGCAAUGGAGUCAGAAGAGUGGGAGCUGUAUCCUUACAUCGGUUCACAGGUCAUGGAAUAUGGACAGAUCUCUGAAGAUAGCGAUGAUGAUUGGAAUGGGGAGGUGGCAGUGUCAUUGGACGCUGUCCUCCCUGAUGAUCUCUUAGAGAAAGUUCUUUCCUUCUUGCCUGUUGCAAGUAUCAUAAGAUCUGGGUCUGUCUGCAAGAGGUGGCACGAGAUUGUGCAUGCCCAGAGGCAGGCAUGGAAUAAAAUGGUGCCCCAGAAGCCAUGGUACUUCAUGUUUACUUGUAGUGAGGAUGCAGUUUCAGGUUUUGCCUAUGACCCGAGCCUCCGUAAGUGGUAUGGAUUUGAUUUCCCUUGCAUUGAGAAGAGCAACUGGUCUACAUCCUCAUCCGCUGGGUUGGUGUGCCUGAUGGAUAGUGAGAACAGGCGCCGAAUUAUGGUGUGCAACCCCAUCACUAAGGACUGGAAGCGGCUUCUUGAUGCUCCUGGAGGCAAAACAGCUUAUUACAGUGCUCUUGCCUUUUCUGUGGACAGGAGUUCUCAUCAGUACACGGUAGCUGUUGCAAGGAGCAACCAGGUUCCGCCAGAGCACUAUCAGUGGGAAUUUACCAUCCAUUUGUAUGAGUCGGUCACUGGUAAUUGGGUGACUCCCUUUACUGGAGUACUGCUCGGGUGGAGAGGAGGUGAUGAGUGUGUCAUCUGUGGUGGAAUACUCUAUUACUUGGUGUACUCCACAGGAGUUCUAGUGAACAAUAAUGAGCAUCGCCAUUGUCUUGUCAUGUAUGAUCUUGCUGCAAGACCUAACCACACUUCUUUAAUGAGCAUGGCUAUUCCAGUGCCAUGUGCUCUUACAUGUGGCCGGUUGAUGAACCUAAGCGAGAGGCUUGUAUUGGUUGGUGGCAUUGGCAAGCAAGACAGGCCUGGGAUCAUCAAGGGAAUUGGCAUUUGGGAGCUCCAUAACAAAGAGUGGCGUGAGGUUGCUAGAAUGCCUCACAAGUUUUUCCAAGGAUUUGGUGAGUUCGAUGAUGUUUUUGCAAGCUGCGGGGCAGAUGAUCUUAUCUACAUCCAGAGCUAUGGAUCGCCGGCUCUUCUCACCUUUGAAAUAAACCAGAAGCUGUGGAAGUGGUCAGUGAAGAGCCCUGUUUCAAAGAGGUUUCCACUGCAGCUGUUCACUGGUUUUUCUUUCGAGCCAAGGCUGGACAUUGCUUCCUAGUGUUCCUAAUUUGUUCCACCUCCAUAGAAUCCUUACAUUAUAUUUUUCCUGGUUUUGGAAUGGCCAAAGUCAGGAUGAGAUGCUGCCGUUGGAAGACACUUGACACAAAAUGUUCGAUUCUAUAGAUCUGCUCUAUUCAUUGCUGGUGUAUUGGGUAUAUCAUCUAAUUGAAGUUGUCAAUUAACUUCGCCGAUAUUUUUGUUAACUUGGUUCAAUAGUGGAGGGAGAGAUGAUAUCAACGAAUUACACAUGAACUGUUGUUUCGGGAUUAUUCUUCUUUUGUUCCCUGCAAAAUUUGUGCUUCCUUGUCUCAGAAAAUUGAAUCAAUCCAGUUUUACUA